GGCGGAGGCCACACACCUCCCGGGGCAGUGGGAGGGGGCCGGUUGAGAAUAGGACGUUGGGAGGAGGCACUGGGCAGAAUCGGCGCGCGUUUCUCAGCUUCAGAAUCAAGGGGAAAGGUGGUGGUGUUUGAGAGGCUUGAGCCGGUAACUUAACAUUAAAAAAAAACCUUUCUUUCCAUCCCUGGAGUUGAACAUGCACUUUUCGUAGAAGAAUGGAUUUGUUGACAUUCAACCAAUUUGCAGUGCUCCUCUGGAAAAAUUUUACCUUAAAGAGGAGGCAGUUCUUUAAUUUAAUGUUGGAAAUCCUAGCAGCAUUGGUGUUUCCUUUGAUGCUUUUGCUGUUCCGUUCAGUUGUUACCAUAACUGCUAUUGGGCCUUACAACUUUACUUCUCAACCCAUCAGUACUCUGCCUUCUUUUCUCAAAAAUGCCGAAGAGUGGAAACUGGUUUAUGUGCCUUCUAAUGUUGAUGUGCUAAAAGACAUCACUGAGAAUGUGAAGAGGAAUCUAAACAUCAGCAUACAAGUUCAGGGCUUUUCUUCAGAAACUGAAUUUGAGAAGCACAUUAAGCAUGACUUUGACUCUGAGAAAGUGUUGGCUGCCAUUGUUUUUGACUAUGACUUCAAAAACAGCAGUGAUCCUCUGCCACUUCAGGUAAAAUAUCGUCUGCGUUUUUCUGGGAUAGAGAGGACUGUCCUUUGGCCAGACAGGCAAGGCUGGAAAACAUCCUUACUUUUUCCUAAUUUUCCCUCUGGAGGACCCCGGAACCCAAGUUAUCAGGAUGGAGGAAGUCCUGGGUACAUUAGAGAAGGGUUCCUGGCUGUACAGCAUGCCUUAGAUAAGGCCAUCAUGCUCUAUCAUGAUAGCAGUGCUAAAGAGACGCUAUUUGAUGGCAUCAGCAUCUUUGUACAGAGAUAUCCAUACCCAGCUCAUCCUCAAGACAGAUUAUUUUUGCUCACUGGUGAUUUCUUACCUUUGAUGUUCAUACUCAUGUUUGCUCCAACUGUACUUUCCAUCAUGCGAUUCAUUGUCUGGGAAAAGGAAAGUAGAUUGAAGGAGUACCAGCUCACAAUUGGACUUAAAAACUGGAUGAUUUGGACUGCCUAUUUAUUCACAUUCCUCCUUUUUUAUAUCUUCAUUAUCUGUUCCAUAUGUGUGUUAUUCUUUAUUUUCAAUGAGCAAGUCUUCCUCUACAGUGACUAUAGUUUCAUCUUUGUUUUUCUUGUGUGUUAUGCCAUCGCUUCAACAUUCUUUUGCUUUCUGGUUAGCACAUUCUUCAACAGAGCCAGUUUGGUUGCUUCUGCUGGGAGCUUCCUAUAUUUUGCCAGUUUCUUUCCAUUUAACACCAUUACUGAGAACUAUGGACAGAUAACCCUCACCAGGAAGGUGGCUGCCUGUCUCAGCCCAAAUAUUGCGUUGGCACUGGGGAUUAAGCUUCUGGUCAAGUUGGAAUUAAAACUUGGUGUUAAGUGGAAACACCUUUGGACACCAGCCAACCUUGAGGAUAAGCUCAUCUUUAAAUAUAUGUUGGGAAUGCUUUUAUUUGAUGCUUUCUUUUAUGGUCUUGUGACCUGGUAUGUAGAAAAUGUCUUUCCAGGGCAGUAUGGCAUGCCCCAACCAUGGUACUUUUUUCUUAUGCGCUCAUACUGGUUUGGCCAAGCAAGAAUUAAAAGAAAAGAAAUGAAAGACUGUAGGAUAACUCUAACCAAGUAUUUUGAGGCUGAACCUACAAGUUUGGUGGCAGGUAUCCGGAUCAAACAUUUAUACAAGAAAUUUGGUGACAAGGUAGCAAUAAACGACAUGUCUUUGAAUUUAUAUAAGGGGCAGAUCACUAUUCUUCUAGGACAAAAUGGGGCAGGAAAAACAACAGUCUUGUCCGUUCUCACAGGUUGUUACCGUCCUACCAGAGGAGAGGUCUGUAUUUAUGGAUAUGACAUCUCAAAAAACAUAAGGGAAAUUCGAGAAAAUAUGGGCUUCUGCCCACAGCAUGACUUGUUGUUUAAUGACUUGACACUCUCAGAACACAUUUUUUUCUACUCUGUGGUAAAACGUAUACAGCAAAAGAUACCUCCUCUGGAAGUUGACAAUAUGCUGUCUACUUUUAACCUGCUAGAAAAACGUGACACGUUUUCAGAGUCACUGACUGGAGGAAUGAAGCGCAAACUCUCCAUCAUCAUAGCACUUUUAGGAAGCCCCAAGGUAGUGAUACUUGAUGAACCAUCAUCUGGCAUGGACCCAGUCUCCAGGAGAGCCACCUGGGAUGUCCUUCAGCAGUUUAAACACAAGCGUACCAUCUUACUGACCUCUCAUUACAUGGAUGAAGCUGACAUCUUGGGUGACCGAAUUGCCAUCAUGGUCAAAGGGACCCUGCAGUGCUGUGGCUCUUCAAUCUUCCUGAAAAAAAUAUAUGGUGCUGGAUAUCAUAUAGUCAUAGAGAGGGAACCACGGUGUGAUGCUGAAAAGAUCUCUGCAGUGAUUUACUCUCGUAUACCAGAUGCCAUUUUGGAGAACUCUAUUGGAACUGAAUUAUCAUUUAUCCUACCUAAAGAACAUACACACAGGUUUGAAGCUCUGUUUAAUGAACUGGAAGAGAAACAGAAAGAGCUGGGCAUUGCCAGCUUUGGUGCUUCAAUUACUACCAUGGAAGAAGUCUUCCUUAAGGUCAAUAAGCUGGCAGAUUCUCAAACGGAUGUCCGGCCGAGCCAGUCCCACCAAAAAAGAAGACAAGACAUGGAGCAGAAUGUGAGUGUGUCCAGAAGUCAUGAGAGACCCGUUUUUCCAUCACUGAAUGAAACUGCUAACAUUAAAUUCAAUACUGGGUUUCCACUUUACCGCCAGCAGUUUCACUCCAUGUUUAUAAAGAGAGCACUGUUCAACUGGCGAAAUUGGAGGUUGACAUUGCUGCAGAUAUCAGUAAUUUUGUUUGUCACUACUUAUCUCUUAACAACUCUAAGCUUAGAUUUUGAUUUACCUGCCAGAGAAUUGGACUUGAGUCAGUAUGGUCGAACAAUUGUGCCCUACUCAAUUUCUGGGAAUUCUGAUUUGGCUCUGAAUCUCAUAAAAAACCUUAAAAUUUUUCUAAAACUUAAGAAUCAAGAACUUCGAAGAGUACAAGGUAAUGUAAAGAAUUACAUAUUGGAAAGUAAAGAAUAUCGUGACUUCUCCAUUACUGCAUUUUCCAUUAAGGUUGAGAAAAACAAAACGAUAGUUACUAUUUUGUUCAAUAAUGAGGCAUACCAUUCAGCUGCAACAUCCCUGGCAGUGUUAGACAACAUUCUUUUUAUGUCACUUUCUGGCCUCAAUGCUUCCAUUAGAGUCUCCAACAAACCUCAACCUCUCCCUCUUUAUGGUUCUAAUGUAGGGCCCACAAAUGGAGUACAAGUAGCAUUAUCUUUGGCUUUUGGCAUGGCCCUUGUGGUCAGUAGCUUUUGCCUGCAGACAGUGACCGAGAGAACCACUAAGGCAAAGCACAUCCAGUUUGUGAGUGGCGUCUACUUACUUACUUACUGGCUCGCUGCUUUGCUGUGGGAUCUCAUCUACUUCUCCAUUAUCUGCUGCUUCAUACUGGGAGUGUUCAUAUACUGCAGAGUGGAUGCAUUUUUCGUGAAUUACCACUUUCUGGACACAAUGAUGAUCUUUCUGCUGUACGGUUGGUCUGUUGUUCCCCUCAUGUACCUUGGAAGCCUCCUGUUUUCUAGUAGUCCCAUUGCCUACAUCAAGCUCACCCUCUUCAACUACUUCUCAACGGUUUUCAGUGUCGUCUUUCACAUCAUGGUGCAGCACACCGCAAUUGACAUGCAUGAAUCCGCAAGAACCUUCCUGGGUAAUGCAUUAAUGAUGCUGCCUAAUUACAACUUUGCAAUGAGUAUCAGCAAAUUCUUUGAUGACUACAUGAUGAAAAAACUGUGUACCACACACAAGCAAUUUCAAAGCAUCUAUGUGAACUGCAACAAAAUAUUUACUGAGAACAGUGUGUAUAGUUUUGGAGAACAUGGGAUUGCAAAGUUUUUGAUUUCACUGGCUGCCCUGGGCUUAAUUUUUCUGCUCUUGCUGUUUUGUCUGGAAAGUACAUUCUGGAGCCUGAAAAACUUUUUUUUUCAUAAAAUUGUAUUUGCUGUCUACAAAAUAUUCAGGAAACGCAAGAAGGCCACCGUGUCCACCCAAGUGAUCAACGAGUAUGUGGAUAAAGAUGUAGAAAAUGAAAGGAAGAGAGUCCUGGCACUGUUACCUAAGUUGAAGGCUGCACCCGUGCUUCUUAGUGAACUUACAAAGAUUUAUUUCAAGUGUCCAGUUGUAAUGGCUGUAAGAAACGUCUCCCUUUUAGUCCAAAAGUAUGAGUGCUUUGGAUUACUUGGAUUAAAUGGAGCUGGAAAAACCACUAUAUUCAAAAUGCUGACCGGAGAGGAGACCUUAACUUCUGGCGUUGUGUUAAUUAAAGACAAUAACAUCACGGAAAAUAUCCGAAAGGUUAGGUCAAGAAUUGGCUAUUGUCCUCAAGCUGACACCAUGCUGAACCACAUGACCGGUCGGGAAUUGCUGAUCAUGUAUGCCAGGCUGUGGGGGGUCCCUGAGCCAGACAUUUCCAUGUAUGUGGAAGCAUUUUUGCAUUCAAUGCACAUCGAAGACCAUGCUGACAAGCUGGUCCACACAUACAGUGGAGGAAACAAACGUAAACUGAAUACUGCCAUUGCCCUAAUGGGAAAGUCCUCAGUUAUCUUCCUGGACGAGCCAUCUACUGGCAUGGACCCAGUAGCCAGGCACCGGCUCUGGGACACAGUUACAUGGAUAUGUAAAACUGGCAAAACUAUCAUCAUAACUUCCCACAGCAUGGAAGAAUGUGAGGUCAUUUGCACCAGGCUGGCCAUCAUGGUACAAGGGAAGUUCAAGUGCCUAGGCAGCCCUCAGCACCUCAAGCACAAGUUUGGUAAUAUAUAUAAUCUGACAGCAAAGAUUAAGAUUGACAAUAAUGAAGAUAAACAAAAAGAGUUCAAAGACUUCAUUGCGACAACUUUCCCAGGUAACAUCCUAAACCAGGACCAUCAAGGGAUCAUCGGCUACUACAUUCCCAGCAAGGGAAUUUGCUGGGGAAAGGUGUUUCAUAUUAUGGAGGAGGCUAAGGCACUGUUCAAUCUAGUAGACUAUUCCAUCAGUCAGAUAACACUGGAACAAAUCUUCCUGACUUUUGCUAAUAUUGAUAAAAUGGGAAAUGAUCAAGAAAUAAAACUGCUAUGAGAUUCCGUUCCAAUCAGUGACCACCGUUGUCUUUCUUAGACUGCUGUCUGCAACUAGAUGCACAGAGGUACCUCUCUGCCCCCUCUCCUCUUCUCUCCAUUCAUCUCUUCUCCUUAUCCUCCUCCUCCUUGUUCUUCUUUCUCCCUGCUUUCUCUUUUUUCUCUCUUUCUCACCCUGUGUGUACACACAAACUGAACCCCCAAAGAAGAAAGUCUGUAAUCUUUGGGGAUCAAGGUCAGUGACCUGUUGUCAAGAACUAAACCAUGAAGGGUCUGAGAUUUUACCCUCCUUGUAAAUUACCAAGGAGGCUUACUGCAGGUCCAUGAAUAUUCCCAGAAGACACUGAAAUCCUGGGCCCCAGACACAGGACUUUUUUACAGCAGUAGCAAUAGUCAGAGAUCAUAGGUGCACCAGUUCCCCUAUCCCUAAGUCUCCCAAGGCAACACAAAGAGAGCCAGGCAGCGUCUACUCAUUCAGUGGGUGGUGUUACAGGAGAGGAACCCUGAGCUUCUGGACCUUAAAAAUUUUUUUUUGUCUUUUUGCCAUUUCUUGGGCCACACUCGCAGCACAUGCAGGUUCCCAGG